GUAUACUUCAAACUGUCUUGCUCUGGUUACGUGCAUGAAUGAUGAGCAUAAAUUAUCUUUCCUGAAGAAGAUAUUUAAUCCUGAGGAGCUAAUACAUUUCAGGCUGAAGCUACUAGAAGAAUCUCAGCUGCAGAAUGUGGAACAAGCCCUUGUUUUGGCCAAUCCGGACUCCUCAUUUUGGCAAAAUGAAAAAGAACUGCAAUAUACGCAAGGACAUAUUGUAUCGGGCGACCUCUCUGCAAAUGUAGUGGCUGUAUGUGGUAUUGUGCUGCCUAGACUGCAGCUUGUUUCUGAAGAGCAGGAAAAUAUCACCAGCCGUUUUGUUUUGGUUGAAUCUGCCUUCACAAAUCUUCAAAACCUUGCUAUUGCUGUAGCGUAUCAGAGUCCUGCUUUAUUAGAAGGACCAAUAGGAUGUGGCAAAACUUCUUUAAUUGAAUAUUUAGCAGCUGUUACGGGAAGAACAAAGCCUCCUCAUAUUUUGAAAGUCCAGCUUGGGGAUCAAACGGAUAGUAAGACGCUGCUUGGUAUGUAUCGUUGUACAGAUGUACCGGGGGAGUUUGUAUGGCAACCUGGAACCUUGACACAAGCUGUUACCAAAGGUCAUUGGAUCCUUCUGGAGGAUAUUGAUUAUGCUCCUCUGGAUGUGAUCUCCGUGCUGAUUCCCCUUUUGGAAAAAGGAGAGUUGCUGAUUCCUGGUCGUGGUGACUGUUUAAAAGUAGCGUCAGGAUUCCAGUUUUUUGCAACCAGGAGGAUAUUCAGUUGUGGCGGAGGUUGGUACAGGCAGCAAAGCGGCCACGCUGCUCUUUUGGACAAAUACUGGACCAAAAUACAUCUGGAUAACAUGAGCAAAGGAGAACUCAAGGAGGUUCUUCAAAGGAGAUACCCCAACCUUGCUCUUGUAACUGAUCACUUGCUAGACAUUUACAUUCAUCUUACGGGAGACAAGUAUCAGGCAUCAGAAAGCAGUGCUUCUGGCUCCAGGCACAUACCAGAAGAUUCAUCAGAAUCAAGAUCAGAAAAUAAGAAACCAAACCUGGAAGGACGAGAACUCUCUCUAAGAGACUUGCUGAACUGGUGCAGCAGGAUUGCUUACAACUUUGACAGUAGUUCUUCAACCACAGCAGUGAAUAUUUUUCAGGAGGCGUUGGACUGUUUCACAGCUAUGCUGUCAAACCAAGGGAGCAGACAGAAAAUGGCAAAAGUUAUUGGAAGUAAACUAAACAUUUCCAAGAAAAAGGUCGAGUUCUUUUGUGAACUCUAUAAACCGGAAAUUCUAACACGGGAAGAAGAAGUCUCUGUUGGAAGAGUGCGUCUCAUGAAGAAACAAACCCAGGCUCUCACUGUACAAAG